AUGUCUUCAACAAGUGGUCAGAGGUUCUUGAUCUGUGUCGACUAUGGCACCACCUACACCGGAGUGGGAUGGAUUCUCACCCACAGGACCCGCCCUUCUCAGCUCAAUGAGCUCAACAUUGUGAAAAGAUGGGGCGCUAUUCAUCGCCCGGAGACAUCCCAGGUCAUCGGCCCCAAAGUUCCUUCCAUCAUCAGUUAUUCAGGAACAUCCGGCCGGCGGUGGGGUUACGGGGUAAUUGGAGAUGCUGAUUCUCACAUUCUACAAUGGACCAAGUUGGAGAUGGAGCCACCCACUCGUCUCGAAGCACUGUCCCGGCUCAAGAGAACCCUGGAGGCGACGCGUGGCCCCGUGUCACACAGACAGCAUGCGUCCUCGCUUGUGCAGGGGAUCCCGCUCCAUUUGAUCAAGUCGACCGAAGACGUGGUUGCCGACUAUCUGACUGAAGUUGCUCAGUGCGUUCGUCAGGAUAUCGAGACUGUUCAGAGAGAUCGAAGGGUCAUUGGCGACUUUCCCAUCGAGAUCAUCAUUACGCACCCAGCAAUAUGGCACCCGCGCGCAAUGAACACCACCUUCAGAGCGGUGAACACUGCCUUCAAGAGAAUCUUUCCUGAAUUCGAAUCAAACCCGGGGAAGGUCAGACUUACCACGGAAUCGGAAGCAUGUGCCCAGUACAUCAUGAAGACAUCUACAAGCGCGCAUAAACGUCAUCUCAGACGGGGAGCAUGCUUCGUGGUUGUUGAUGCCGGAGGCGGGACAGUUGACCUUGUAUCCUACCGCGUGGACCAAGACACGCCCUCUUUCCAAGUCAGUUUGGUGACUGAGAUGUCCAGCGGACGUUGCGGUGCGACACGGAUAGAUGACUAUUUCAUUAAACGCUUUCUGCCCCGCCGCCUUACCCCGGAUGACUACCGCAAAGUAGUUGAAGAUGCUGAGUCCAGCUUUGGCAGCGGACCACAUGUGCUCUUUUCAAGACGGCAACAAGCAAUGCUCGAGAGCUUCCAGUUUGCCAAACACAAGUUUGCAGGUGUUGGUACUGAGGAUGAGGAGUUCCGAGUGUUACUUCCUGGCGACCUUGACAUACCGGACAAUCCUGAGAGAGGGAUCUCGAAUGGAAAUCUGCAGAUUUUGCCUGAGGACAUGGAGCACAUGUUCCAAGAAACCGUCGACGGCACCGUGAACCUCAUCAGACAGCAGAUCACGCAGCUCGAAGUCAAGAACCUUCGUGUAUCAGCCGUAUUUCUGUCUGGGGGUCUUUCAAGAAGUGAAUAUCUUUUCAAAAAGGUUGAGUUGGAGAUUGGGCACCAGUACCGAUUACCAGUGUUCCGAGGGCAAGAGGGUUGGACAGACGUUGUCAUCGGCGCAGCAAUCCUGGGGCUCGGGAUGAACUGCGAAGUCCCACCCGCGUGUGCCGAAUGCCCAUACCACAUAGGAGUCCUUAUUUCCCAACAGUUUCACGAGUACGAGAACGACGAGAAGCAGGCCUACACGGAUGCCAUUGGCCAAAGCAUGCGCGCCAAAGACCACCUCAAGUGGAUUGCUGCAAAGGGAGAUAUGAUUACACAGCCGGAUGGCAUCAGCAAAAGUGUGAAGCUUGUGAGGAAGAUUCUUAAGCUGAAUGACCAGGUGCUGAAAGGUUCUUGCACCGUCGUCAUCUCCCAUGAUUCCAAGCAGGGCGACAAGCUUGAGGACAUCCAAAACCUUCAGAAGGUCCAACUCAACUACGACUUGGCCACCCUUUCCACUGCCGAUAAAGCCAAAGUCAUCCGCCGGAACACCGACGAAGACACCAAAACACAAUAUCGGCAAGUGGAAUUGGAGUUGGUCGUUACAGUCCGCGAGGAAGUUGCGGCUUUUCAACUGUAUGCUGGCCAACCGGGAAGAAUCUCCAUCGCGGAGGCCGCCACAGAUCGUAAUGGGCAGUUCAUUUUGGGAAACGCUGGUAGCCAGAGAGAGCAGCACCUGCCCGUCGUACCAGAUAAUGAUUCAGCAUCAGGAGCGGGAUCGGACCCGAAUCAGGAGUCGACAAGCUCCAGGCAGCCUGGGCAGGGACGUAGGCCCAUCUACGACACUGCAGAGAGCAGUAGGAGCAGGAGGGUUUACGUGUGA